AAUUCCAUGCUGCCUCCGUCACAGCGCUGUAAAGAUCAAACCACAAAAACUCCCACAGGACCAUUCAAACGAGAUCAUCUGUUAAAGUAUCUUGAGGAUCAAGCUAAAAGUGAAAAAGAUUGGGAGGAUGUGGUGCCAUUUUCACCGGGGAUCAAGCGAGGAAAAGUUUGGGAAGGAGAUAGUGGACGUGAAUCAGCUGAAGAUGGUGGUGAUACUCGAGAUUCGGGAGUUGCUGGAAUGGAAAUGCCGAUAGAGUUGGACCUAGACGAUGAAGAAGAAGAAUUUGAGGCAGCACUUGAUCAUGCCCCCGAAAGGGAUCUUGUAGACCUAGCAGGAAUUCUUGGCAUGCACAAUAUUUUGAACCAACCACAGUACUACAAUGCACUGAAAGGAAGAGGUCAAGAUGAUAGUACGGGUACUACUUUUGCGGGUGUUAUUCGAGCAUAUGAGCCGAAAGAAAUGCCAGAUGAACCAGACAACGAAACAGAUGUUGAUGAUUGCAUCAAGCGCUUAGAAGAAGAUGAUGAGGACAUGACAGAAGUAAAUAUUAACAAUAUGAAGCGGGUGUCGAAGGAAAGAAUAAGAAAAUUAAUCACCGCAGCAUGUGCCAGUAAACACAUCCACAAGUUAAGUAUGGCCAAUACUGCAAUUUCGGAUAGCGAAGCUCGGGUACGAGGUGUUCUGAUCUUUGUUUCUGUUGGCGGAAUGUCCUAUUAUUCA